AUCCCAGCUGUGCACAUUUGUUCGUGUAUAUUGUGGAACGUAAACAUCCAAUUAUAGGUUACCAUGCCACAAGAAGAUGCAGGAAUCACAGAAGACUCAAGCCUAUCACAACAUAAGCAAGAUGGAGCUGAUGAAGUUGAACAAGUCAAUGUAGACAAUGAUGCCGGACACGAUGGUGUAGAUGGUUGGGUUGUAGUGUUUUCUUCUUUUGGUAUUCAUGCUAUUUUCCAUGGCCUCGCCUUGUCAUUUGGUGUUAUCUUCGCGGAACUCGUCGACUACUUCAACACAGGACGAGGGGAGACAGCAUGGGUUGGAUCAAUAGUGUUUGGAGUCCAGAGUGUGUCAGGUCCAGCUGCUGGCAUUCUUACAGACAAAUACGGCUGUCGUACUGUUACCAUAUGUGGCGCAGCAAUUGCAGCGUUUGGUUUGAUCACCAGCUCGUUUGCUUCAAGCAUAUCAGUUCUGUAUUUUACAUACGGUGUUGUUUUCGGAAUUGCCUUUGCACUUGUGUCAGUACCUUCUAAAGUAAUUGUCAACCAACAUAUGAAACAGCGAAGAAGCCUGGCCAACUGUGUUUCAUCCUCUGGAUCUGGAAUUGGUGGUGCUGCUCUGUCUGCCGGCCUACAUCACCUUAGUAACACAUACGGGUGGAGAGGCAUGAUCCUAAUCACGGCCAGCAUCCUGCUUAACGGGGUUGUCUUUGGUGGUCUUUUCUUCCCCAAGAAGCACAGGAAAGCCGCACAAGGUAGAUUCAUAACUGAUAGCCUUUGGCAUUGUGUUGGUGAGCUGCUUUUUAUUGUUCAGUCUGUAGAGUGGUGUUAUAUAGCUGUCAGACCUAAAUCUGGCCUUCGGAGGAGCUGUUGUCAGAAUGACUUUACGAAACUUGUCGGGAAUAUUCAGUUUUGCUUUUUCUUGAUGUCUAACUGCUUAGCAAUGAUUGCGGUAUAUACCCCCUACACUCAUCUACCGAAGAGGGCUACAGAUCUGAAGAUCAAAGAGACUGAGAUAAGUUGGCUGUUGCCUAUCAUUGGUAUUGCAAGUGUUGUUGGAAAAUUAUUCUUUGGCUGGUUGGGAGAUUUCAAAUUGGUGAACAACCGCCAUCUGCUUGCAAGUGCCGUGAUGAUGUGCGGCAUAUGUGCCAUUGCCACGCCGUUCCUAACAACAUUCCCGAUGUUGGUGGGAUUCGCUGUGGUGUUUGGAGUUUUUAUUGGGGUGUUCUUCGGUACCAGAAAUGUUGUUCUUGUGGACGUUGUUGGAGUAGAAAACUUCAGCAAGUCAUAUGGUAUCCUUUUGCUGUCUCAAGGGGUGUCUACUCUGAUAGGAACACCUAUGACAGGCUGGAUAUAUGACGCAACGAGCGAAUACUCUGCUUCCUUCUUCACUGUGGGGAGUAUGUUCCUUGCUAGCAGUGUGAUUCUGUUCCUUCAGGAGAAGGUUGAGAUCAUGUGGAGACAGAGGAAGCAUGAUCAGAACCAGACUAUUUCUACAUUAACGGUGCCAACGCCAUUGGAAAUACUACUUGUCAACAGUUAGGAACAACUCAUUGUAGACCGACGUCAGACUGAAAAAGAGUAAUAAGGCGUGGCUUAUUGUGUUAUUACGAGGGUGAAAUAUGAUUUCGUUCGUUCGUGCGUUUGUUGUUUAACGCCGCACUCAGCAGUAUUCCAGCUAUAUGACGGCGGUCUGUAAAUAAUCGAGUCUGGACCAGACAUCAUGAACAUCGAUCCAUGCA